AUGACGUGCACCAAAUACUGCCAGGACCAGGAACUGAUCCUGCGACCAUCCCGACAGUUUAAAGCUCCAGUGAACACUUCCCCACUCGAACACGACCUCAGAUUAUCGUCUCAGACAAGAGAGGAGGCAAAACGAAAGAAGAAAGAGGAGAAGGAGGCGAAGGAGGGGAAGAAAGACAAAGACGGGGACAAAGAUAAAGAGGAAGAAGACUCAGGACCUCCCUGUGGUCCCAUCUGCAGCAACGAGCGAGUGGAGAGUCUGCUGCAUGAGGUCAAGCCCCAGAUCCAGACCCUGAAAGAGAAGCUUAACACGGUGUCCAUGUGGGUCCAGCUCCAGAUCCCUAAAAUUGAAGAUGGUAAUAACUUUGGAGUGGCUGUGCAGGAGAAAGUGUCCGAGCUGCUGACCAACACACGCACUAAGAUCGAGGCGUUCCAGACUCAGAUUUCAAAGUACUAUAGUGAGAGAGGUGAUGCUGUGGCCAAAGCUGCCAAGCAGUCCCACGUGGGAGACUACAGACAGCUGGUUCACGAGCUGGACCACUAUCAGUACUGGGAGCUUCGCCUUGUGGUGCUGGACAUCCGCAACACAUACGCGGUGCUGUUUGACAUCAUCACCAAGAACUACGACAAGAUUAAGAAGCCCAGAGGAGACGGCAAGGCUCUGAUCUACUGAGACUCAGUCCAGCAGGCUCACAGACACAACCAGUGUCGAGUAGCUCUCUGAUGUAACAAUACACCAAUUUAACAAAAUGCCUUCUCUUUCAUACCGUGCAUUCAGUUUGGUUCAAAUUACAAAAUAAAACAUGAUUCCAUC